UAUGAACGUCUGUCUGACUUUGUUUCUUUCUGCAUUUAUUUGGAUUGUAAAUGAAAAAGAUCAGAGCAGCACAGAUUCAGUCACAAAUAUAUAAACGACAAAAAGCACAGAGUUUAUAACUGCAAAUUCAACAGUGACAGAUUUACAGUUGGAGCAGUAUCGACCCUUUGAGUGUGACGUCACUGCGUUCAGAACUCUUCCAGCUCCGCCAUGAUGGACGUCAAAACCACCAAUGCGCUCCUUCAAAGCCGAUCAAAAAAGCGCACAUCUGGUAGCCUGAUAUCACUUUUAUUAAGUCGAUUUCGCAGUAAAAAUGGUCACGGGUUGCUCCGCAUUCGGCUGCACAAACAGACAAGGGUGAAAACCAAACUUGUCUUUUUAUUUUGUAACUUUUAAUGAGGAAAGAUGCAGCGGCGAUGAACAGCAGCCGUUAACCAUAAUGACUGUCAGCCCUCGGUGUAACCGCGGAUUUGUAGUGAACACUAUUUACAAGAGUCAUGCGAGGCAGGGGAUGCGGCUGGAGGAGAGGCGGCCGGGGUGGACACGACGGCGACGGCCAUAACAGUGAGCACAGAGGCCGGGGGAGAGGCGGCCAACACCGCGGCAGAGGCAGGCGAGACCACCGGGGACGCGGGCGCGGCGGACGCUACCACGCUGCAGCAGACUUUCCCCAGGAGCACCAAGACGAGGGGGAGAACCUUGACGAUGAAAACAACAGGACGGCGGUGUUCUCCAGAAGAAAACUGGAGUCCAACUGGGACCGUUACGAGGCGUCGGAGAGGAUGGAGGAAGACGACGGCACGCCGUCUCAGAGAGGAACCGACUUCCAUGUGCUGCUGGAGUCAGCGGGGGAUUCGUUCACUCAGUUCCGGUUUGCAGAAGAGAAGGACUGGGAGAUGGAUCCAUUCGCAGCCAAUCAGGUGCCAGCUGUGUUUUUGGACCUUCCCGCUCUCGCCCAGAGUCUCCAACAAGUUCCUCUCCAUCGGAGACUGAAUCUAGAAGCUGAACUGGUUCAGGUCUCGACACCAGUAGAGCUGCCAGCUAUGAGCCUCGCACCGAAACAGGAAGUACCCAAAUUUCCUCCUCCGUCCGCUGCCUUUAAAGGCCUCAGCACCAGUCAGAAACCAGCAGUGGGUUUAAACUCCCAGGUUUCCUCUGUGGCCGUUAAGCCUGAGGAGGAGGAGGAGGAGGAGGAGGAGGAGGAUGGUGAUGAAGAGCUGGAUGAGCUACUUGGUUUACAGAAACCCGGUUCAGAUGAUGCAGGACAUCAGCUGACCUGCAGUCCAAACCAGGAGAGACGACCACCAGAGAAAGGAUUUGAAGAAGCAGCAUCAGGAGAAAAAGCUUUAGACGAGGAUGUUGCCCCUCCAAAGCCUGCGGAGGGCAAAGAGUCGAUGACUGAGGAGGACCUGGAGGACUGGCUGGACAGCAUGAUCUCCUGACCAUGAAGAAGAUGCACGAUUUCAAGACCAGACCGGAGGUAAAACUGGACCAUCUGCUGUGAAGUUUGCAGAAAUGU